AUGACAACUUUGCCCCAAGCUCUCCCUACCUCCAAAUACCCAAAGGCUUCAACAACAUCGCUGAAAUCAAACGGGCCAACCGGAUCAAUGACGGGCUUCACUGCUUCAAUAUCCCACUUUCCAAACAUGGCCUCAAAUUUUGACAAACCCGAGUGCAGAGCUUUUGGUUUCGAAGGACGCGUGAUUUCUGCGCCAUACCGAAAUCAAUUGGGCGACGGCGACGAAUUUCAGACUCGAGCCUUGAUUAUCAAGCAACGAAAUGCACAAUUUUCCGGCGAAACGGUGAUGAGCUUCCUGAAAGAGAUAAUCGAAAACUUCAGCUCGAUCUUUUCCGAUUCGGUUCAGUCACAGCAGAGCAGUAGCUCCACCGCCACUGGCAACGGAGCCAUGGACGGCGAGGGCGGAGUUUCAACGGGGAACGAGCGAACUGCGUACAAGCUGAAAGGCUACUUCGAAUUGGCGAAAGAGGAAAUUGCUAAGGCCGUUCGAGCUGAAGAGUGGGGUUUGCCGGACGACGCCAUCACUCGUUAUAAGAACGCGCAGAGAAUUUUCACGGAAGCGAUUUCCACUCCAGUCCCUUCUUACAUCUCAUCGAGUGAACUGGAAAAGGUGAAAUCUUACCGUCAAAAGAUAUCAAAAUGGCAGGGCCAAGUAGCAGAGAGACUGCAGACUUUGUCUCAGAGAACAGGUAUAUCACCAGAAAUCAAGAGCACUUCCUCUAAGUCACAAACUGGGGCAGUUUCAUGUACAUUUUCACAUCCAAGAAAAAUGGCAGUACAAAGGUCUUCAGGCCAGAGCAGUGGUCCUAUAGUGAAUAGUCCGGCUAAUAAUGCGAAGACAUCAAGGCCUAUAGCAACAACUGGUGGUGGCUAUGAUGCUAAACUGGUUGAGAUGAUAAACUCUGUGAUAAUCGACCAAAGCCCUUCAGUUAAAUGGGAUGAUAUUGCUGGUCUCGAGACGGCAAAACAAGCAUUAAUGGAAAUGGUUAUUCUGCCAACUAAGAGAAGAGACCUUUUUACUGGGCUUCGAAAACCAGCCAAAGGUUUGCUUCUCUUUGGACCGCCUGGUACAGGGAAGACCCUUCUUGCUAAAGCGGUUGCUUCAGAAUCUGAUGCUACCUUUUUUAGUGUUUCUGCCUCUUCUCUGACAUCGAAGUGGGUGGGAGAGGGUGAAAAGCUUGUUCGAACUCUUUUCCAGGUCGCCAUUGCUAGGCAGCCAUCUGUAAUUUUCAUGGAUGAGAUUGAUAGUAUCAUGUCAACUAGAACGGAGAAUGAGAAUGAAGCAAGUAGGAGGUUGAAGUCAGAGUUUCUAGUUCAGUUUGAUGGGGUAACAUCUAGCUCUGGUGAUUUAAUAACUGUAAUUGGUGCUACAAAUAAACCACAAGAAUUGGAUGAUGCAGUUCUAAGAAGACUGGUGAAGAGAAUAUACAUACCUUUGCCAGAUAGAAAUGCCAGAGGAGUUCUUUUGAAACAUAAGCUCAAAGGAAAUGCGUUUUCUUUGCCAGAUAGGGAUCUCGAGAGGCUUGUUGCAGAAACAGAUGGAUAUUCUGGAAGUGACCUACAGGCCUUGUGCGAAGAAGCUGCAAUGAUGCCGAUUAGAGAGCUUGGUUCAAACAUUCUCACAGUCCAGGCCAAUCAGGUAAGAGGAUUGAGAUACGGAGAUUUUCAAAAGGCGAUGACUGUAAUUCGUCCCAGCUUGCAGAAAAGCAAAUGGAAAGAACUAGAAAAGUGGAACCGGGAGUUCGGUUCUAACUAG